AUGUAAGGGAAAUAUUCUUAAUCAAAUUGGUAUUUCUAACCAACAGAUUUUUUCAUUGAAACGACUUUAGAUGGAAAAUUAAUGUAUAUAAAGGACGGAGAAGUCCUCAAAUAAGAGAAAUUUAACAAUAUUCAAUCAGGAGAUAUUUUAAGAAAUUUAGAAUAAAUUAAAAAUUUAACAUGGUAUGGAUAAUACAGUUUCAAAAAUAAAAAAAUUGGAAAUUGGUAAGCAUACUGGCAAGGUAAAUAAUUAAAAGUAGGUGGAAAUUACGAUAAUAAAGGUAAAAAAAUAGGAAAAUGGAUUGAAUUAUUUGAUAAUUAUUGGGAGUAAGAAAAUUGUAUAUAAUUCUAAAUAGUCUAUGCAAAUUGAUAUCAGAAGGAGAGUAUCAAAAUGGAAUUAAGAUUGGAAUUUGGUAAUACUAUUAUGAUGGGAAGAUGAUGUAUUUUUAUUAAUAAAAUUUUAUAGUUCUUUAGGUAUAUAUAAUAAUGAAGGUCUUAAGAAUGGAAAUUGGGUUGAUUUAUAUGAAAACUUUUGGAGGUAGAUUAAUAUUUAUAACUUAUAGUGGAUGUUAAGUUAAGUUUGCAGGGACUUAUAAAAGUGGUUUAAAAUAAGGAAAUUGGGAUACAUUAUUUUAAUAGAAAUAUUAUGAUACUUUCAACAAAAUGUAUUUUAAUAAUAAUUUUAGUGGUGGUGGAUUUUAUGAUAAAAAUGGAAUCAAAUAAGGAAAUUGGAUAGAAUUAUAAGAAUCUUUCUCUGAGUUAACAUUUUAUUUAUAUGAUUAGUUCAUUUUUAGUUACAUCUAAAGGAGAAUAUAGAUGUGGUAAAAAAGUUGGUAGAUGGAAUAUAUAUUUUGGUUGUUCAGAAAUAUAAGAUUACCAUAUAGGUGGAGGAUUGUAUGAUGAUAAUGGAGGUAAAAUUGGAGUUUGGAUUUAAUUGUGUGAUAAUUAAAGUAGGUAUUUGAAUUUGAAAAAAAUAGAGAACUAAAUUUAAUUUAGAAGGGUGAAUAUUAUUAAUAAAAAAAAGUUGGAAGAUGGGACUAUUUAUUUAAAAAUAAGAUAAUGUAAUUUUUAUGAUAAAAUGAAGCGGAGGAGGAAUUUACAAUUAAAAUGGAGAAAAAUUAGAUCAAUGGAUAGAAUUGCAUCAAAAUUUUUCAGAGUAAUUUAUUUAAAUUAGAUUUAUAAUAAAGUUAUUGUUAAAUUAUAUAUAUUGGCUAAUAUUUUGAAGGGAUAAAGUAAGGAAGAUGGGAUAUCAAAUUUAAAUAUAAGGAAGUUAAUUUGAAGGAUUAUGGGAAGAUGUAAUAUGUUAAUUUAUGAUUAAUAGAGGUGGAGGAAUGUACGAUAAAAAUGGAAGAUAAAAUGGUAUGUGGAUUGAUGUUGACGAAACUUUUUCAAAGUAAGCAUAUUAAAAAAUAUAUAUAUAUCAGUUAAUCUUAAGUCAGUUACUAAGGAGAAUAUAAUGAAGGAAUAAAAAUAGGAAAAUGGGAUUAUGUUUUAAAUAGGAAUAAUAAGAAUAAAUUAGAUAUAUUGUAUAGAGUUUUAUAAUUAUUUUAAGUGGAGGGGGCUUUUAUGAUUAGGAUGGUAAAAAGAAAGGAAAAUGGAUCAAUUUUCAUACAAAGUUUUCUAAGUAUUUAAAUAAGAAUUUUAUAAAAAUUAGUGAUUUCUAGGUUAUAUAUUUAGGUGAAUAUAAAAAUGGAAUAAAAUUUGGAAAAUGGGAAAAUAAGUAUAGAUUUGAAACAAAAGAAUAAUUAAAAAAUUCGUAAAUUAAUUUGAUAUGAAUAUAGAGGAGUUGGUAAUUACGAUCAUAUUGGUAGAAAGAUUGGAAAAUGGAUAUAUAUCGAUUUUGAAUUUUAAUUGUAAAUAAUGAUCUUAUUUUAAGUGGUUAUGAAUUAAUUCAUAUCGGAAAUUAUUUUAAAGGUAUUUAAUAAGGAAAAUUUUUGAAAAAAAUGUUGCCAUUACAAUCCUUAAUUUAAAAAAUUUGA